UUCCCUCCGCCUCUGUGUCUCUGCAACAAGACCCUUUAUAAAGAGCAGACUUUCCAUUUCACUCCUCACUGAGCCUCCCUGGCUUUAGGGGCUAAAGUCUCUUCCAGGACACUUUCGGGUGGGACAGAAAGAAAGGUUUGGGGACUACUAUGUUCUCAUCACAGCAGCAACUAAAAGUGCCUAGGAAGAUGGUCGUGAUCUUUGGAGCCUCAAAUGUACUUUGGAUGAUGUUUGCAGUUUCUCAAGCUUUUAAAAUGGAGAUCUUCCCUGAAAACAGAGUUGUUGCUCAGAUUGGUGAUGUCAUUUCACUGACUUGCAGUACAACGGGCUGUGAGCCCCCAUCUUUCUCUUGGAGAACUCAAAUAGACAGUCCGCUGAAUGGGAAGGUGAGAAAUGAGGGGACCAAUUCCACGUUGACCAUGGAUCCUGUUAGUUUCAACAAUGAACAUGCUUACGUGUGCACAGCGACUUGUGGAUCUAAGAAACUGGAAAAAGGAAUUCAGGUGGAGAUUUAUUCUUUCCCUAAGGACCCAGAGAUCCAUCUGAGUAACCCCCUAGAACUGGAGAAGCCAGUCACUGUCACAUGUUUGGUCCCCGAUGUUUACCCAUUUGACAGGCUGGAGAUAAAUCUGCUGAAGGGCAAUGAUCUCCUAAAGAAUAAGGAAUUUCUAGAGCCUAUGGAGGGGAAGUCCCUGGAGACCAAGAGUUUGGAGGCAACCUUCAUUCCUACCAAAGAGGAUAUUGGGAAAGCUCUUGUUUGCCGAGCAAAAUUAAACAUUGAUGAAAUUGACUUUGAGCCCAAAGAAAGGGAGACUACAAAAAAACUACAAGUCUACAUCUCACCCAAGAACACAGUUAUCUCUGCAAACCCCUCCACGAGGCUGCAAGAAGGUGGUUCUGUGACAAUGACAUGUUCCAGUGAGGGUCUCCCAGCCCCACAGAUUUUCUGGAGCAAAAAAUUAGAUGAUGGGAAUCUACAGCUCCUUUCUGGGAACACAACUCUGACUUUAAUUGCUAUGAGGAUAGAAGAUUCUGGAAUUUAUGUGUGUGAAGGAGUCAAUCAGGUCGGGAAAGAUGGAAAAGAGGUGGAAUUAAUUGUUCAAGGUAAGUAGAUUGUGAGAAAGGAA